UUUGAUUGCAGAAGAUGUGACCGCUUCUUUUUGUAGGUAGUAUCAUUUUCGGCUCUGCGGUUCUUCAAGUCUUGAAAGUAAGCAGAGGAGUACGAGAUCUAAAAUGACACUAGACAUGCCGUGGCAGUCUUGAUUUGUAUGAGUUUUUCAUGUUCUUGACAACACGGUAACACACCCUUUUCGCUAACAGAUCAUAAUUUCUCCAAUUCUUCGUCUUCUUCUCACACGAGCAAGUUAGCCUCAUUUUGUUUGUUUGAGAAGAAGAAAAAAGGGUUUUCAUUUUUCAACGAUGGCACUCAUAUGGGGGUUUCCACCACCACCACCAAUGAGCGUGAAAUGUGUAAGGUCAGGAGCUCGGUUUAAGGUUAUGGCUGCUGAUGGGGGUGGUGAUGGUGGGUUCCCCUCUUUUUUGCCGAAAGAGGUUGAGAAAAUCAGAGACCCAUUUGCAAGAAAUUUGGCUCAGAGAAUUGAAAGGCUUCCUGUACAGAUGCAGAGUGGAUAUUCUGGAAGUUGUAUAAUGAGUAGUUGUGUGAAACCACUGAUACGAAGUAAGAGCAAUCCAGUGGUUCUCCUCCAUUGCUUUGACAGUUCUUGUUUGGAAUGGAGAUGUGCAUACCCCUUGCUUGAGCAGCUUGGUUUGGAGGCUUGGGCUGUCGAUAUUCUUGGGUGGGGCUUCAACGAUUUAGGAAGACUUCCACCAUGCAAUGUGUCAGCCAAGCGUUAUCACCUCUAUCAGCUGUGGAAGUCCUACAUCAGAAGGCCAAUGACAUUGGUUGGACCAAGCCUUGGUGCUUCCGUCGCAAUCGACUUUGCAGUCAAUUAUCCAGAAGCUGUUGAAAAGCUCAUUUUGAUCAAUCCAAAUGUGUAUGCAGAGGGCACUGGAAAUCUAGCCAAGUUACCAAAAGUAGUAGCCUAUGCUGGGGUCUCUUUAUUAAAGAGCAUUCCAUUACGCUUUUGUGCAAAUAUGUUGGCCUUCAAUGGCAUUUCAUUCUCGACGAUCUUAGACUGGACUAACCUGGGCCGCCUACACUGCCUACUACCAUGGUGGAAAGAUGCAACUGUCAAUUUUAUGAUUAGCGGAGGAUAUAACAUAGCUUCCCAAAUAAGACAGGUAAAGCAAAAGGCUCUCAUCAUCUGUGGCGAGGAUGAUCAGAUUGUCAACUACAAGUUUGCAUUACGGCUGCACUCUGAACUAUCAAAUGCAAUCGUUCAACGAGUACCUGACUCUGGUCAUCUGCCUCAUGUGGAGAAGCCUAACUUUGUGGUGAAGUUGAUUGCUGACUUUGUUCAAGACACUAACUACUGAGAGUCCUAUUUACUAGUUAGGACUUCUAUAUAUGCUUUCCUGCUUAAAGGGCAUUUGCUUUCCUGAGAUCAACUAAAUAACAAUGUGACAUGCAACUUAGGGGGACAUUUGGUAUAACAAUGGGUGUGAGCAUAUGACAAUGGGGGACAUUUGGUAAGUUAAUAACUCAAUAAGUAUGAGUAUGAUAUGAGCAUAUGACAAUGGGUGUGAGCAUGACUAUAUUUGGUAUGAAACAAAGAGUGAGUAUGCGUGUAAAAAUUUGCGCACUCGCAUUAUUUGGUAUGAAAUAAGGUGUGAGUAUAGGUACAA